AUGGUAUCUAGGGGGUACAGGGGAUCUCAAACAAGAGUUGUCAGAGGCAAUUUGCAUACCUGCUUCCAGAUAAUUUGCUUACAGUUCUUCGGCUACACUCCUCCCUCCUACCCGCCUCCACCCAGCCCCGGGCUCCCGGUUCAAAGCGGUAAAGUGAGGACGACAGGCGACAAAACCCCUUUCAGGGCCCUCACCCUGUCUGCACACCCCGUUAGAAGGCUGGCCUGGGGGGAAGACUCGAGAUCAGAGCUGUGGGCCCCCAAGGCGGCCCCGCGGGGCUUUCCGCCAGACACCGCCUCCCCACGCCCGGACACCAUCUGCUUCCUCCCGGAGUCAUCAAAAGCCAGUGCACGUGCUCGCGCCCCACCCCCGCCCACUCAGAGAGGCCCCGGGCGCCUUGUUUAUUCAGCCCGCUCCAGGCUUCUCCUCCCGCUGGCCUCCCGGAGAGUUCCUCUUUCGGGAGUCUGCAACCGUGCGCGGGGCGGAUGCCGGGGUAGUACGCUGCACCCCCUUCCCUGCCCGGUGGUACAGAAGGGUCAGACCCGGCGCAGUCUGCAGUUUCCGGCCACGGCGACGACACCAGUCCCGCAGGGAGGAGGCCAAACGGGGACCAGGGGCCAACUGGCCUGGGAACUUCCGUCCCGGCUCCCUGACACCGGAGGCCCCCUGGGAAGUCCCAGCAGAUGUGUCCAGGGUCAGAGACCUCGGAGCCAAGGAUGGGGCAGAGGUCUGAGACAUGAAGCUGGAAAACCAAGUCCAGUCUUGCUGAACCCUGACCCCUUUACACACCCAAUAAGGAAGGUGAAGGACUUGAGUUGUGGGUGA